GGGCGGUGCCCGCUCCGCGCCGCCUCCGCGGGGACAAUAGUGCGGGGCCAUGUCGUCCGCCGGCGGCCGCCAGCCCAGCCAGAGCCGGGCCAUCCCCACUCGCACCGUGGCCCUCAGCGACGCGGGGCAGCUCCCCCCGGACUACUGCACCACCCCCGGCGGCACCCUGUUCUCCACCACCCCCGGAGGCACCCGGAUCAUCUACGACCGCAAGUUCCUGCUGGACCGCCGCAACUCCCCCAUGGCCCAGACCCCGCCUUGUCACCUCCCCAAUAUUCCUGGCGUCACCAGCCCCGGCGAGGAGCCCAAAGCGGACGUCAACAACCUGAACCACCAAGAGGGGAAGCCAUCCAUGGGGGACGACGCUCAGUUCGAGAUGGAUAUCUGAGCGGGAACCACGGAGAGGCAGCAACUCCCCACCCAGACCCUGUGCACACCCCGAUUGGCUUAGCAGGAUCUGUCCCGGCGAGGCGGAGGCGGCAGCGGACCCCGCCGGCGUCUCCCCUCCCCACCCGCUUCCCCCCCUCUUUUUGGGGGUUGAGACUCUGGCUUCACCCCCUUUCGCGGGUGACUGGUCCCAGCAUGUGCCGGCCGGAGCAUCCCUUCUGGUUCCGGCCCUAAUUCCUCCUCCUCCACCCGCUGGCAGCCUCAUCUCCACCGGGCUCCUUUUAAAAACGUCCCUUUGCCUCUUCUGCUGCCUCAUGCUCCCCCCACCCCACCCCCCCCAAAAAAUCCCACUCACCCGUUACCCCAAACCUCCCAUUGCCGGCAGCUUGGCUGUCCGGAGCUGCGUCACUCCCUUUGCCCCUUCUCCCAGAAAAUCUGGGCAGCCUCUCAGGAGAAGGGGGAAAGUGUCACUCCUAAAACCGAGUGCCCACUUGCACCCCGGGGAGGGGGUUUUUUUCAGUUUCCCCAGGACCUGCUGGCAUUCGGUGGAGGACAGCGUUGGCAGCGCGUUCCCUUUGGUGCUCCGGGUGCCCACAUCUCUCUCCUACCUGGAUUUCUUGGCCCUUUGACUGGGGGCUGCAUCCCCAGCCCUCCAGCCAGGACUCCAAGCGAUGUAGCCAUAUGUUACAAAAAAGCCCUUGCUUUUAUUUUUUUUUUGGUACUAAAAAGAGACACUUUACCAGCAACGCUUCUUUUUAAGGGCUGGGGACAAGCACCUCUGGGAAAGUGCUUUCUAGUGCUUUUUUUUUUUUUUUUUUUUAAAUUAGUCCCCCUCCCCUUUUAAAAUGUGAAUAAUACAGGAGCGAUAUCCCUCGGCGCCGUUGGUUGUCUCAGGAAUAGCUGGGUGCCCCCGGGGAGGGGACGCGGGGGGCUCGCCGGUGACACGGCGCAAGGAUGUGACGCUGCGGCCGGGGCGCUCCGGUGGUGGGGUGCUGGUGUCGGUACCAUCCUCUGCUUGCUUUUGGCCCCCGGGCUCUCCCCGGCCAGGCCGUGCUGCUGUGGUUAAGAGCUUUCCAUUUUCAACUCCCCGCCACCGGCAGCUCUCCCAGCCUGGCGCUUUGUCACCAUCCUGCCCAUAUCUUGAAACAUCCCCCCCCCCCCCCAGAAAUGAGAUUUAUUUUUUCUCCUCCCUCGGUGCGGCUCUCACCUUGAAGAGCAGCAUUUGGUGAGGGUGUUCGUGGCGGGGGAUGCCGCGGCGGUGCUGUGCUAUGCCCCCCCCCCCCAAAUCCACCAGCCCCCACCCCCCUAUUUUUAUUUUUAUUUUUUUUUACUACCUGUUGGGCCGUCAACAGCUCUGCAACCUUCUCAAGUGCCAUUUUAUCGGCCCCUCACCUGAGUGCCUGCUCCAUCCAUCCUCCCUCCCUCGCCGGGGUCAUGUCCCCCCCCCCCCAUUCCGGGGGGGUGGCUCUGCAGGCCAGGGACAGUUAAUGCCCCUCACCGGCAUCCGUGCUGCAGGCUUUGUGCACUUUCCGUCCGGUAAUUUAUUUCUCUAGGUGUGUUUGAUGCAGGUCGGCGUGGCGGUGGGUUGCGAGCUCCCAUCUUCCUUCCAGCUGCUUUUCAUGUGAAGGGGAUGGGGAGGCCUGCCGCUCUUUUUUUUGGGGGGUGGGGGGGGUGGGGUGGGGGGGUGGGGUGUGGUGUGGAAAGCCAAAAAACCCCAAACCCUAGGGAAUGGGAUGUCUCUCCCAGCCUUUCCCUUGCAUGGGUAGCUCUCAGUGGGAUGUGACGUGAACAUGUAGCCGGCCGUUGUAGGCGCACGAGUGAGUGAGUGAAAGUAGAAAUAUGUAUAUGCGUGUGGGUGGGUGGUGAUAAGACACACACAAAUAUAUAUAUUAUAUAUAAAUAAAUAUAUUUUCCUUAAAGCGAAGAUCCGAGGAGGUCUGUUAGGUCCUUGGAUCGAGGGAGCGGCAGGGGCGAGGACAUCCUUUGCGGAGCGGGGACGGCCACCGUGGGUGCAGGGACCCUUCGCCCUCGGCACGGACACUCGUUUUAGGAAACCUGCUCUCCAAGCCAAAAUUAAAAAUAAAAUAAAAAAAAAGGAAACAUCCGAGGACAAUUUAUAGACAGGAGCCAGAGGGAAACCACUUGAUUUUUCUAAAUGCCCCCUUUCCUGAACUUUUGUCCCCAUUCCUCAUCCCAGCAACUUUCUCCCAGUUCUCUUUUAUAACCUGGCUCGGGAGCGAAGAGCAGGGAGGGAGUGCCUAGCCUCGUCGGGGCAGCUCCUCUGCUAGUCAGGGUAUAGAUUUGGGAUUUUUUACCGUCUCUUCAAGCAGGUGUUUGGGAGGAGAAAAGCUCUCACCAGUGGUUGCUGUUACAGUGAGAUCAAUAAAGAUCUUGGUUCUAUUAAA